GCACGGCGGCCUCUGCCGGCUUCCUGGACUUGCCUUCCCUGUCGCCGCUGGCAUUGUCUCCGCUUUCCCCACCCCGGCUGGAGUACGCAAGCCUCGGGUUGCAGUCGUGCCCGUGCGAGAAAGAGGGAGAAAGACGCGCCCCCCCCCCGUGCUUGCCUCCCCCCUUCCUCAAUGCUGCUAACUUGUUGUGCGCGGAGCGGCGGUGGGCGCUGCACGAUGGACCCGUUCUCCCGGCGCGGGUUCUGGCUUCUGGUCGCUUUGGCUUGCUUGCAAGGCGAGCGCUGCUGGCUGCGUGUUCAAGGCACAAGAGUAGAAUGCGAUGCAUCCCAGUUCCAGUGUAAUAAUGGUCGUUGUAUAAGCCUGCUGUGGAGAUGUGAUGGGGAUGAGGACUGUUCGGACGGCAGCGAUGAGCUAUCCUGUGUGAAGAAGACGUGUUCCAUAUUUGAUUAUGUAUGCAACAGUGGACAAUGUAUACCAAAAAGAUGGCAUUGUGAUGGAGAUCCUGACUGUGAAGAUGGCUCUGAUGAAACCCCGGAGCUGUGCUAUGAGAAAAGAUGUCAGCAAACUGAAAUGAGCUGCGGUCCUCAAGCAAAUCUGUGUAUCCCAAAGUCCUGGAGAUGUGAUGGUGAAAAUGAUUGUGGGAAUGGUGUAGAUGAAGAGAAUUGUGGGAAUGUAACUUGCAGCGCAGAUGAGUUCACGUGUGCUGAUGGGCAAUGCGUCUCCAAGAGCUUUGCCUGCAAUGGUUACAAUGACUGCAAUGAUGGGAGUGAUGAAGUAAACUGUGCACCACCUACUUGCGCACCGUCCAUGUUCCAAUGCAAAAGCACUACCUGCAUCCCAAAUAACUGGGUAUGUGAUGGUGAUGUAGACUGUCCCGACCAGUCGGAUGAGUCUCUAGAGCUGUGUGGCCGCCCACCUGUUCAUACUGUGACAUGCAAUCCAGAUGAAAUGCGAUGUGGGUCAGGGGAAUGUAUUCAAGGCAAGUGGCGUUGUGAUGGGGACGCUGACUGCAAGGAUGGAAGUGAUGAAAUCAAUUGCCCUUCUCGUACAUGUAGACCUGACCAAUAUAAAUGCGAAGAUGGCAGCUGUAUCCACGGAACCAGGCAAUGUAAUGGAGUAAGGGACUGUGUGGAUGGAUCAGAUGAAAUGAACUGCAGAAAAGCUAUCCAGUGCAGUGGGCCUAAUAAAUUCAAGUGCAGCAGUGGGGAGUGUAUAGAGUCCAGCAGAGUAUGUGACCAGCAAGUCGACUGCCGAGACUGGAGUGAUGAACCGAUGAAUGAAUGCAAUGUUAAUGAAUGCCUGGUGAACAAUGGUGGCUGUUCGCAUACCUGUAGAGAUCUGCUUAUAGGUUAUGAAUGUGACUGUCCUGCUGGCUUUGAGCUGAUUGACAGAAAAACGUGUGGAGAUAUUAAUGAAUGCCAGAAUCCUGGAAUCUGCAGUCAGAUCUGUGUAAACCUGAAAGGAGGCUAUAAAUGUGAAUGCAGCCGUGGGUAUCAAAUGGAUUUGGCUACUGGAGUGUGUAAAGCAAUUGGAAGAGAACCGUGCCUGCUCUUUACUAAUCACCAUGACAUCAGAAAGUUUGGCUUGGAGAGGAACGAAUAUAUCCAGAUAGUAGAAAACUUAAGACAUAUCGUUAAUCUGGAUGCAGAUAUGGCAGAGUACAACCUUGUCUGGACAGACUCAGUGCUAAAGGGUAUCUUCAGUGCCUCUGUUGAUUCUCAUGACCGAGUAGGCAAGAUCUUCCGGACGGUGGACAAUGUACAGAAUCCUGGAGCCAUUGCCAUUGACUGGAUUUAUAAGAACAUCUACUUGAUUGAUUCCAAUUCAAUAGUUGUAGCAAACCUUCUCGGUACAAAAAGGAACGUUCUGUUCAAUGCAGACUUGAAAGAGCCAGCCUCAAUUGCUGUGGAUCCUCUUUCUGGUUUCAUGUAUUGGUCAGAUUGGGGUGAACCAGCCAAAAUAGAAAAAGCAGGAAUGAAUGGCCUUGCCAGGCAGCCGAUUGUAACAACAGCAAUUGAGUGGCCACUUGGGAUAGCACUAGAUCUUGUCAAGAAUCGUCUCUACUGGGUUGAUGCUAAGCUGCAUACACUGUCCAGUGUGGAUAUAAAUGGCCAAGAUCGCAGAGUUGUGUUGCAGUCUCACGAGUUUCUCGCUCAUCCUCUUUCUCUGACAAUAUUUGAGGACCGCAUCUACUGGCUUGAUGAGGAAAACGAUGCACUUUACGGUGCAAAUAAGUUCACAGGAGCUGAAGUGGCAACUCUAGUAAACAACUUGAGUGAUGCUCGGGAUCUUAUUGUAUAUCAUGAACUUGUGCAACCUGCAGGAAGGAACUGGUGUGAAGAGAGUACAGCAAAUGGAGGUUGUGAAUAUCUAUGUCUGCCAGCUCCCCAGAUAAAUGAACACUCUCCAAAGUAUACAUGCACAUGCCCAGUUGGAUCGACGCUGCAAGAUAAUGGCUUAAGAUGUAGAGUUUCAGGUGCAGGAGCUACUGUGACUUACACUGAGGCAAAAGACAGCAGUACAACAGAAACACCACUUGGACCCCAUUCCGGAGGACAAAAUCUGACUAGUCCAGUAUCAAGAGAGCUAGCUUCUGCCAGAAGUUCCUCAGCUGCAUGGGCUAUUCUUCCUGUAUUAUUGCUAGCCAUGGCAGCAGUGGGUGGCUACUUCAUGUGGCGUAACUGGCAACACAAGAACAUGAAGAGCAUGAACUUUGACAACCCAGUGUACUUGAAAACAACUGAAGAAGACCUCUCUAUAGACAUUGGAAGACACAGCAGUUCAGUGGGACACACUUAUCCAGCAAUAUCGGUUGUAAGCACAGAUGAUGACUUGUCCUAAAGUUGCCUUCUGGUAAUCGCCUGUUCUGUACUUUUAUGGAUGGCAACGAGGCCAGUGGCUCAACAGAUGCCUUCCCGUCCUGGAAGAAUGAAGAUAUGUGGAACAAGUUCACAAACUGUUUUCAUACACUAAUAGGUGUCAAACAUUUUAGUUACUGGUGACUGUAACCCUUUUACUAAAAUCAGUAUUGCUGCCACUGGCCAUAUAUACUGCACUUUCCAAAAAGCCAUAUUGAAUUAACACAUUCUGUAGAGAUACAACCUGUAAAUAAUUGUACAGGCCCACUUGUAAAUGUUCCUGGAAAAAAAAACUCUUAAGCACUUUGGGGGAAACACAUGUAAAUUAUUGUAGAAUUUUUCAAUGCUUGGGCAAUGGCAAUAGGACAAAACGGGUUACUCUAGAUUAAUUGCCAAAAAUUUGUAAACUAUCUUUUGUAAGAAAUGUGAAUUUGUCCUCCCUGAACCACCUAGAGGGGUGUGCAGAGGACAACUGCUCUGUAUCAGAAACCACUGUAAAUUUCAACACAAAUGGGAUUAAAGAGAAGCAAAUCUCUGUG